AUGUUAUACAACGAGGAUGCAGAUGAUGGGAUACAGCUCGGGCUACCAAUCGAAGAGAUUGAUCUUGAGACUUACGACGAUGAUGACGAGUACCAGAGAUACAAACAGCUCCUGAGAACGGGCAACUGGGAACUAGAGUCAAAACUGCCAGAUGAGUUCGAAGAUAAUCUUGCUAUGAGGCGGAUGUACCAAGACUACUGGUGUGAAUACCGGAAGCCUGUUCCAUCUCUUCCCGUGGUGAUAAAUGGGCGCCUCCUGUCAUUCUCUACAGUUCUUACCCGGGCAUGGAAGGAAUGA